AUGGCUUCGUCCUCCGUGACCGAAAAUGCAGCUUCCCCAACGCUCAACCCCCGGAUGAUGGGCUCACCUGGUCCCCAUCAGGCCAGCAUAAGCCCCGACGACGAUUUCCGCGUCAACGUCGUCCAGAUCGGGCGCUCCGGCAUCUGCGUCUUUGCCUUUAUUGACAUGUUCCUGGUCGCCUUCACCAAGCAGAUACCGACCACGGUACCGCUGGUCCUGUUCCUCAUCGCCACCCUGGCCUUCAACGCCCACAAGUUGUUAGCGGGUCAUCUGAUGACCCGCGACCCACGCCUCAGGGCGCCGUUCUUCUCCUUCGAGCUGUUCUGCAUGAGAGUCACCUGCGGCGGAGACGUCGACAGUGACGGCGAGUCCAGGUCGCUUCUGCGGGGCUUUGAAUGGCUCAGCGACGACUCCGGGAACGCGCCUGGGAUCUGGCAGGAAGUUGUCGAGAUUACCUUGGCGGUGGUGACGGGCAUCUUGGUUUUUGCUAGCAUGACGAGCGAUUACCGCUAUGGGCAUCAGCCCUGGGAUGGUGAUUAUGAUGUUUGCGUGUCGAGUUAUGUCUUUGGUUGGUUGAUUGUUUCAUUCGAGUUGAUGGUUGUCUUCCUGGAGGUCUUUGGCGUGUUUAGGGGAGCAACAGUAUACCUCUGUCCCGACGAGGACGUCGAGGGACAUGCUCAGCGCCAGAUCCGUCUCCCUCCGUCUCCUCCUGUCGCGGCUAGCCGGGGCGGAGAGCACAUCUCGAUCGUUGCUUGA